AUGAAGCAACGAGUUUUCGUCGCGACACUUUUCGCAACACUGGUCGUUUGCACUGCUGUAACCAUCGAUCAUGACAAAGUUCAGGCAUUUCCUCAACCUGAACCAGUCACCGCCUCUGAAAAAACUGCCAUCAAGUUCAAGCCUCGACUGUAUACUCCACGACACGUCUGCGUUCCAUAUCCUGCCGUAAAUGCUGCAGGAGAAGUCAGUGGCGGACUCAAGGGUACGAAUGGAAAUGACGCGUGCAAGUACUCCAUUCAGGGCUCCCAGGUUUACGGUCGAGCUGGAUGGUACAGGGAUUUGUGGGCCAUCAUGUACACUUGGUACUUCCCGAAAGGCUUUUUUGCAGACUUCGCGUCAAAGCGCCACGACUGGCAGAACGUUGUUGUGUGGAUUAACAAUCCCGACUUGGAGUGGCCCAAGAUCGUCGGAGUUUCCAUGUCCAAUGUCGACUCUGAGUAUACCACUAAGCUCGAGAUGAUGGCAUAUUAUUUUUCUGGUUACCGAAUGGAGGGUACGAGGGGCUACCGUAGGAGCAUUUACGGCUCUGCCACAUCCCUCCGAUUUGCAUACGAGAUGAUACUGACCUCUCCGUAUUUGGAUUUCGCCGAUGAGGAUGGCGAGUAUCAGAGCUUGAUUAUGUGGGAACAGCUCACGGAUGCGGCUCGUGCUGCUUUAAAUGAUAGUAGCAACUUUGAGGAAAGAGAGAUCCCGUUCAGUGACGAGCACUACAUGGAUCACCUUGAGAUGGCGUGGCCUCUUUAG